UAGAGAAAAUAAUUUACAUUUUGUCGUCUAUUUUGAACUCAUAUGAAAACUACCUACUUUUUAUUCGCCGCGAUUCAAGCCGGAAGACCACGAUAUUCGGAUUGGGCAUGUAUUAUUGGCGAACUUUCGCCAAUAAUAACAUCUGAUUCAUAAGCAGUAUAAAAAACUGCAUCGAACGGUAUGAAACGAAAAAAAAUUAUCAAAAAGUUUUAUUCGUGGCUUCCCUCAGUCGACUUUUCAGCUAAAAUUUUUUUCCUAUGAGAGAUAAUUUUUGGUCAAGUUAUGUCCAAUAAUAAUCUCGUAUUACAUGAGAGCCAUCAAAACCACCUUUAGGACAAAAGUUUUCUAUAAUUUUUUUGUGUCGAAAGAGACAAAUCCUACUCCUUUCUCAGUUUUGAAUCCCAUCCAACAUUAUGUAUUGAAAUCUAUACGAAUAUGACAAGAAACGUAUUCGCGCCUGUACGAUUUCAUUUCAUACGCGCCUUCGAAUAAUAACAGCAACAAUGUUCAUCAUCUAUUCAUUCAUUUUUGCCUUUUUUUAUUCUUUCAAGUGACUUGUCUGUUUUCCUAUUGUGUAUUCUUUUUAUUUGUUAAUCGCCUUUCAUUUUCUAACUAAUAUCAUGUUGAACGGUUCUUUAAGAUUAAUUUCUGUUAAUAUUCUCAUUACUGUUGUUGGUGUUCUGUCAUUCAAUGCUCAUAUUGUCCAUGGACUACCACCAUAUACUGAGCGUGGUUUCUCGCGUUUACAAGAUCAGAAUGGAAACCAUUGUGGACACGACGUUGCUACAACACAACCAGUCCAUGGAGCACAACUAUGCGACCAGGAAAGUCAAUGUGACUUAGGAACAGGUCAUUUAAUUACUCCAGAGUAUAUACGAAAUGAUCCACGUUAUGCAGGUGGCCAUCACAUGCCAUCACAACGAAGAAAAUGA